AUGCUGCCGCAAAAUGGCAGCAACGUUACGGGUAAUUCUGAGGCACGGAGUUCAUCAAAGUCUCCACAGCCGCCCUUGGAAAACAAUAAGCCUAAAACAAAUGGAAGCGUGAAUCCGUUGGAGAAGAUUGAACAGCUUCUAACGUGUUCCAUAUGUCUCGAUCGAUAUAAGUAAGGUUUUAAAUAUAGUAGAAUCACAAAUGUCAAAUUGUUCCUAACGUAAUUUGUGUUUCAAGUAAUCAGUAAUGAUCAUUUGAAUUUACGUGUUUCUAACUUUACUGCUUCAGAAUGCCAAAGUUGUUACCAUGUCAUCACACAUUUUGUCUACCUUGUCUGGAAAGCUAUGCUGAUACUGUCCAUCACAACUUGAAGUGUCCAGAAUGUAGAUCAGAACAUGCUGUGCCAUUUGAAGGAGCUAAAGCGUUUCCUAACAACUUGACUUUGGCCAAGUUUUUGGACAUUCAUUUAGAGGCAACUGAUGAUAAUCAAGAACAACUGGAAGCUUACAUUCAACGGUAAAAUUCUUUUUAAUUUUUUGUUUUGCCGUUUUUUGAUACUACAAUAAGAUAAAUUUUGAAUUUGAUAUUUGUAAAAAAUUCAAUUUUUUUUGAAAAAGCAAAUCGAUUUAUGUAAAUUUAAAAUUCAGGUACAACAUGGAGCGAUGCAAGAUUUGUGACGAGAAGGCAGAACUCGAGAUCUGUGCCCAUUGUGAUCGAAAAGCUUGCAAAGAAUGUCGCAAAGCUCAUAUGGAAAUGGUUAAACGUGACUUGAGCCGGCUUCUGAAUCAAGUAAAACGACUAUCAAAUCGUAUAAAGGAAGCCAAUGGUUGUGUUAAGAAGGGUAUUGCAACAUUAGAAGAGAACGUUGAAACAACCAGGAAUGAAGUGAAAGAUUACUUCCAACGUUAUCACACUGAACUCAAGAAGAGGGAAGAACACUUCUUGAACGAGGUGUUGAUAUAUGAAGAGAAUGAGACUCGACUAAUGAAGACAUUGGGAGAACGGUUGGAUGCUGAUGAGACUAACCUUACGGAUGCGUGUGCUUGGGUGGAGACAGUGUUAUCAGGAGAAGUAGAAGCCAAAGAAGACGAAUUAUGCAAAUUCAAACAAUGUUUUGCUGACGGAAUCGAGUAUCUGAGGAAUUUCCAGCCGGAUUCUGAUGAAUUGUUCUCGAAAAAGAUAAGAUUCUCACCUGGAGAUGACGCUUCGAAACUACCUCAAGCUAUUUGUAAUUUUGGAGAAUUGACCGUUUAUAUGCCUCAAUUUGCUGGUCGAUAUCUGCCUAUGGAGCAACAGUAUCUACCACGCCCUUUACGCAUGGGAAUGGAGAGUGAUUCGUAUAGGACGAGCUUGAGAACGAGGGAGGAAGAACGGCAGUCGAAGUGAGUUAUCACUUUUAUUAGGUGACGUAUGAGGUUUGUCUAUUUUGACAAAGAACUAGGUACGAGUUUCGUAACUUGCUUAUGUUAGGCCAUGUAAAAUACGCGGUGUUUUGAGAUUCUUACUUGUAAACUUUAAUUCUGGACCAGUGAAGUGUCAUUAUUGUACUUUAUAAGCUUUUCUCCAAACUUGUUUCUUCAGUAUUAACUUUCUGAAAAAUAUUUAUUUUGAACAAUUUUAACUUUAAAAAUUAAUUUGAAAAUUGUAUUAGAAUUCUAUUUUACUUGUUGUAUGUCCGGUUUAACUUUGUCACUUUCAUAACAUUGUAUACAGUUGGCUUCAAAUAAACUCACUACUGUAAUCUUGGCGUUUCUUUCACUGGUCCUUUUUGUUUUUUAAUCAAUUUUUUACGUUAAGUUUUGUGAAUGUAAUGUAAGACGUCAAAAUGACAAAUAAUUUCUCGAAGCAUUAAAUGUUUGACUUACAGAUACGGAAAGGAUGAAUCGUCAAGCUCCAAGUCGUACCGCCGCCGUCAUACUCAUGGUGACGAUGAAUGGGCUGCCAUUCGAGCUGACAGACUUCGUAGAGGUGCUGAAUCUGGUAGAAGUUCACCGAACAACACAUCGUCACCUCACCAGAAGUCGCCGUUCUUGUCUCCGGCUCAAGUCACAGAACAAUGUGAGCAAGCUGCUUCUUCUAGAUCAGCUGAAAGAUUGACUGUUGAAGAAGCGAGACCAUCAUCUGUCAGUCCAACAGCUACACCACCAUCUGCACGAAGAGUACGUCGUGCUGUACGUGACCGGUCUUCGUUCCUGGUGGAUGAAGUGCUUUUGUCAUCAAAUAGAGGAUUGUCACCUCGUGAAGCAUUUAUGCAAGCUUAUGAGAAGCAAACACCUUCUGUCACCUUGAAUGAUAACUCUACUGACAUCAACGCCAACAAACCUCCUCUUCCACAGUCGAGCGUAGAAGACAGUAGUCUCAAUGCCAAAGUGGAGAAGAUUGUACAGGCUUCACAACAACGACAGAAUGGGUCAAGCUCUUCUGUCCAUAAAGGUAUGACAUUAUUUAAAAUUAUAAAAUUGAACUUUGUUUCUUUAGACGAACAGAAAACAGAGUCUUCUUAUGAAAGUCAGCCACCAAUCCAACGACGCCAAAAGUUUAAAAUAAUCUGUCGCUCGUCCUCCCAGAACCCAGCACGUCGCUCGCUGGACCUUACGAACGUUGAACAGGAGAACGGUAGGGAAAAUAGGGAACAGAACGGGGUGUUGAUUGAGGACGGAGGCGACGGAAUGGACCAGAAACCGCCGGCUCCGCGUCGGCGGUCGAUUGUCGGGUUGUCUUUGCCGGCCCCGGGGCAAAAGUUCAUUCCGGUAAAAAUUGUCGCACGCCCCAUAAAACCGAGUAACUCGACUGAUGUGGAAGAUAACGAUGAAGCCGAGAAGCCGCCGCCUCGGCCCCACUCAAGCACUGGUUUUGCGGACGAACUGAAGAAUGCCACCGCCAUUCCUAUAUCUUUCUUUCCAGGUGAGGUCCAAUUCAAUGAGCCCAUGCCGACGACGCGACCACGUCGUCUGUUUGGAACUUCCGUAGCCGCCGACCGGGAUACGGAACAGGGUCAACAAAACGAAGCCGAUGAAGUUGUGAUGCCGAGUAGAUGGAUGCUACGGCGUCGUGAAAAGAUGCUACGUUCACGAACGAAUCCUGACGUAUUUGGAAGUCUGGAUCCAAGUGAACGUCGUCGACUUAUUUCUGAAGCCAACGCUAAACUGACUUCAGAAUCUACCGACACAGUGAAAGUCACAGCAUCUGAUUCUCCCGCAUACUCCCCUGGUUACCGUACUCAGCGUUUCUUCAGCAAUGAAGACAACGAUGACACCAUGCAACCGUCCACAUCGGCUUCGUCGUCGCGUCGUCGGCACGAUUCUGUUUCACUCCGGGUUCAGGAGUUGCUCAACAAUAAAGAGUUGAAAGAAUUGCUUGCAGAUUCAACCAAACCCUCCACCCCCGCCUUCCUUUCCUCCCCAACCGGUAGGCAAAACUUCUUCAAAGAUCACGAUCAGCCGACAGCACCGACGGAAAGAAGAUCACGGUUCUCCAGAAGGACUUCUUCUAAUCGACUGUCUUUGGAAACGACGCCUUUUAUUGACUAUUCGGCCAUGGCCAAGCCUAAGGUUGUGUUUGGCCAAAAGGGAGACAAGGCAGGGGAAAUGAACUGGCCAAGAGGGAUCGCCGUUCUGGGUGGGGGAACGUUUGCCGUGGCAGAUUCGUCGAAUCAUAGGAUUCAGAUAUUCGAUGAGGAUGGGAUUCUGAAGAAGGUAAUCGUUUGCUUUUCAGUUUUAUUAGUUAGUUCUAAAACGUAAAUGAAUUUUAGUACCAUGUAUAUUGUUACUCACGAUUCAUACCAUAUAAAAGCCACUCACCUUUUGAUAAAACCAUAAUAUUGUUUAGAAGUUUGGGACAUAUGGAGCCCUAGAGGGACAGCUUGACAGUUGUGCAGCGGUAGCAUAUAACAGGACCAGUAAGAAUCUUGUGGUAUCUGAUAGGUACAAUCACCGGAUACAAUUGUUUGAUCUUGACGGAAAGUUUGUAAGGUUAUUCGGUGGAAAUGGCAAAGAAAACGGAAAGUUCAACAACCCUUGGGGGUUGGCCAUUGACAAUUUGGGAAUGAUCUAUGUUUGUGAUAAAGAUAAUCACAGAGUGCAGGUAAGUAAAUCCUUAGAAUUUUUUAAAUUUUAUUUAUUUUACAGAAAAAUUGUACGAAUAGAGCUAUUUAUAACAGCGAUUGACGUUACAUUGUUUUAGGUAUUUGACAAAAACGGCACGUUUAUGCAAAAGUUUGGAAGUAAAGGAGAUGGGAUCGGUCAAUUUAACCAUCCUCUGUUCAUUGCGAUUCACUGUAAAACCCAGAACUUGUUUAUUACUGACAGUGCUAACCAUCGUAUCUGUGUUAUGGAUCACAAUGGAGGCCCUAUCUUAACCUUCGGGUCGGAAGGCUUCAGUGUUGGUCAACUAAAGCUGCCAAGAGGUAUAGCUAUAGAUGAACAGGUAAGUGAUUUGUAACGAUAUGGGUAAUCAUUCCCAUUGUUUCCAGGGUUUUGUCAUAGUCGCGGACAGUGGCAACAACCGUGUCCAGAUCUUUUCUCCUGAUGGCAAAUUUGUUCAUGGCUUUGGAGCUUGGGGCGUGGGCCCAGGCCAACUUAAAGGCAUUGAGGGAGUGGCUUUGUUGGACUGCAAAAUUGUUGUUUCCGACCGAGAAAACCACCGGAUUCAGAUUUUCUAG